GUGAAUGUCCGCUGCACAGACCGCAGCUUCUCACCCAGCAGGAUGGCAGCAAACCAUGCGUCUGUUAGGAAGCUCACUUAGUUCUUUUAUUGUAACCGAGUGCCUGGUGUAAGGACUAACAUGAAUGAAUGGAAGUGACUGGUUCACGGAGGGAAGAACUGGAGUUUAAAGAUGAAAAAUGACUCCAUGAGGAACUCCAAACUUUGGGCGAGGUGGGGAACAGGAUGGUUCGCCUACGCCAUGAGGAGUCUUUCAUCAAAUCAUGCACUGAAACCGCUGGUUCCCACCUUCGGCCUGGUGCUGGUGGUGACAUAUGGGCUGGCUGACAGGCUCAGGAACUUUGUGGCCGGCAUCUUCAUCCCACAGUAUCACUACCCGUAUCCUGUGGCGCUCUGCUUUGGCCAGGUUCUGGUUUCCCUCCUGUUCUUAAAUCUCCUCCAUGUCCUGAGACUGGUGCCUCUGAAGCGUUACUCCAGGCGGCUGGGCGAGAGGCUGCUGCUUCCUGCCACCUGUAGCAGCGUUCAGUCGGUUCUGGUCAUGUGGGCCAAAGCCAGCAGCUCGUACGCCGGACUCUUCUUCCUCACGCUGCCUCUGCUGGCACCACUGACUGUGGGCUUGAGUUUCGCCCUGAAGCUUGAAUCCCCACCGUCCAUCCACAUCUCUGUUCUGAUUUCCAUCCUGAGUGGAACGUCUAUAGUUAUCACAGCAUCCAACGGUUUCUCUGCUAUCGACCAUCUGGAGUACCUAUACGCACCUCUGGCUUUAAUCCUGCACAGUCUCUCUCUGACUUUGCUGGCUAAAGUGUCUGAAGCCGAGCGCCGCCGGCCUCCCGAUGCCCAGGCGUCUGUUUUUGACAUCUACUACGCCCAGCUGGUGAACCAGAGCUGGGUGCUGGGCCUGCUGUGGCUGCUGCACCCGGACACUCCCUGGAAGGUGUUGGGUCAGGGCAGCUGGCACAGUCUGCUCUUCCACGGAUACCUGCUCGCCAUCCUCCUGCUGGGGAUGGUGCUGAACUUUCUGGUCGGCAUCUCGGCUGUGUGUGUGUCACCGCUUGCUGCCGCAUUUCUCCACUCGGCGAGGCAGGUGAUGCAGCCGUUUUUUCAUCUUCUGUAGCUUCACUCGGUGAGGACUACGGAAGAUAAUUGACUGUUUCGUACUGUACUAAUGCGACAUGCACACACUAUAACUUAAACACGGACCACAGUGUUAUUUAUUCCGUGGAGAGUUCUCCUUCUGACUCACAUCCGCUUACGAUAUGGAGUCAUAAAAUACAGACUGUCUGUAUCGGGAAGCAGCAUACUUUGGUAACUGCCAACUUACCAGUUACAAAUUUAUGGCACACUAAUGAUUUACAUUUGGGUCCAAAGGUUGAAUGUGUCUUAGUUUUACUAACCAGUAGUCAGUUUUUAGGUGUAAUUUAAGAUUACUAAGUCAGGAAAUGACACAAAUUAUGACUAUUAGGUUGCAUCCCUUGUUGCUGCGUCGUAUAUUUAUCAUAAAUGUGCUACAUAUGCCACUCAUUCCUCUUUCUGCAAAAUUGCCACUUCUAAGUUGCUUUCUCAGUGCAUUUUUGCUGUGAAAAUAUUUGCCAAAAUGUGACAAUGUCAGAAAACUGAAGCAACUGAGCACCAGCAUCUAUGCAGGAGAGGACGUAGUGUUUUCACAGCAUGUGAACACCAAACCGCUCAAACAAAGAUCACCCUGUUUUGGUUAAAGAACGUCAUCCAUCCAUCCAUUAUCUAGACACCUGGAGUCCAUCACCAGCUGACUUAGGGUGAAGGCAGGGGACAGGUCACCAGCCUAUCGCAGGGAUACAUAUACACACCAACAGACAAUUUAGAAUCAUCAAUUAACCUGAGUGUAUUUUUGGACUGUGGGAGGAAGCAGGAGGCAACCCACACAUGCACAGGGAGAACAUUCCAUGCAGAAAGAUCCCAGGCCAGGACGUGAACCGGGGAUCUUCUAGCUGCAGGGCAACAGUGCUAACCACACUGAGUACAGCAGUAAAGAACAUCAUGUAUUUUUAAAAACAAUGACAGACUUUUACCUUAACAACCUCCUCCAGUUAAAGAUACGCUAUUCUUUUUUUUAUAGUCACAUCAUGAGCAAAAUAAAGAGUCAUAGCUGAUUAUUUCCACCUUGAAACUGCAGCGUAUCAAUGACAGCCUCAAAAACACUAAUUCAGACAGCCAGAAUUUUAUAGCAAAUAUUCAUAACAAAUCUUAAGAACCAAUCUGCAACUUGCAAGUUCAGACUUGUUGUAACAUUAUUCUUCAUUAGAGUCAACUUCUGAUUUGAACAUGUAUGGCUAAAUUACUCCAUUAUCACAGCUUACCAUUGUGCAGCGCAACAUAGUUUUACAGUGUCAUCUCAUAGCACAUAGUAAGAUGAAGACCUUCCCAAUUUUAAACAAAGAACAGAGAACCCAACAAUCCAAAGAAUAGAAUCCACAUAUUCUAACGGUCUACAGUUACAUCCGAGCCAUUUUACGAAAUUACGGAGUUGUUUUGAUGGAAAUAUAUUCUAAAUAUAUGAUUUUGAUACACAAAGAUGAGUUUUAGGGGUUCAAUCUGCGACCUACAGAUUGUGGUCUUGCUUGGAAAUACGUAGUUUCACAAAUGGGUCUUAAACAAUGAAACAAAUCAGCAGCAAAUCAGACAAUACAGUUGUUCAUUUACAGCUGAAGACGACACUUUAGAGCAGCAAAUAUCAACGGGCAUCUUUUUUUAAAUGUAUAUUUAUAAAAAAUCUGAGUUAUUUUGUGAAUUCUGACUGAUUACUAACAUUACUGUCAUUGUUGAGUAUUCUUAAUGAUGAACGCAGACUUUUGGACCCGACUGUAUGUGCAACACAAUUAACAAUAUUUAAGUGACUUCGGUUUUUCUGUCUCACUGAUUGUGUUUUCAGCCUGAGCUCUGAGAAAGUUGCCCUUGAAUGACUCUGAAGGUUUUUCAGAUGAAAGAGGGAUAGCAGACAGGGACAUGAGGGACUUUUGACCUCCGUUCACUACAUGUUUCUUGAACAGUGUUAAAAAUAUAUGAAUUCAAAUCAUUGACUGAAUGAAUUUUUAACCAGAAGUUGCCCCUGAAUGAAUCUGACCACUAAGAUGAGAAGGGGUUGCAGUGAGGAGAGCGUUACAUGGGUCAUCUGGUGAGGCGGUAACUGUUUUAAGUUGUUAGCUGAAGCUCAGUUGCAUCUAAGAAUACAUUUUAAAUGUAAGUUAUUAUUGUUGAAAUGUGGAUAUGUAUUAUAUUUAAAAAUGUAAAUUGUAUCUUUACGAGCACUUUAAAAACACUGUGAAAAUGUUGUAAAACCACCUGAUGAUGGUGCACCAAAGACAAUCUGUACACAUUGAAGAAAGUGAAGUGAAAGUUUAUUGAGAAAAAGUAUUUAUUCUGUGCCUAACAACCCAAUUUAACUGUUUUAAAACACACACACAUGUAUCCCAACGUUACACAAAGCAGCUCGUAUUAAAAUUCACAGUAAACCUGACAGAAAUAGUUGAUCCUAAUUUGCUCCAUAAUCUCACUUUUACAUAUAGUUUCCUGUGAUUUCAAACGUUAGUAGAGUGAUUGUGUCUUCCUCUUGCAUUAGGUUUUAAUGGCUUCAAUGUGCUUUCUAGAACUUACUCUUUGCUGUCACUUGAGAGUUUUUACAACACAAUACUGUCAGAGAAACACUUUAGUAACAUUAAAAAGAUGCACGGCAAAACAGACAUGAAUAUUAACAGUGCAACCAAAACUGAAGUUGAAUAAAUUUAUCCUGUACACAUC